AUGCCACCCUUCAUACCCAGAAAGAGGCCGUCCACAUCGCCACCCACCGCAUCUCGACCGACACCCACGAAGCGGGCAAAACUCGCAGAUGUACUAGAUGCAGAGGCGAGGAAUGUGCCGGGUCUUGAAAGGAAGGAGACCUUCUCUCUCGGAGGAAGUGACAGUUCCGACUCCUCUCUGAGCGACGUCGACAGUGAUCUAUUCGAGGACAUCCCCGUCGAAAGCGAGCGGUCCUCAGCUCCUGUUCAAAAGCACGAGGAUGACGAAGAGGAAGAUAUAGAGUGGGAAGAUGCUGCCCAUCAUAAACAUGAGGAUGAAAAUUUACCAGACUAUAAGCCGCAGUCGGACGGCCCGAUCGAAAUCACGCUGCGCACACGGGACGAUGAAGGAGAGAAUUGGCUUGAGCAGGCAGCGGCCAAGAUGAAGAAAGCCCCUUCGAAACGGGACAAACAAGUCAGGAUUUGCACUCAUCAGCUCCACGUACAGUUCCUCCUCUGGCAUAACGCGAUUCGGAAUAGGUGGGUAUCAGACAGGGAGGUGCAGCAGAUUCUUGUCCAAAGCUUACCACCUCCAAUCAAGAGAGAAGUCGACAAAUGGAAGAGACGUAGCGGAGUUGCAUUCGCAGAGGAGUCUAAAGACAAAGCAAAAGCAGCCAAAAGCAAGACUCGCCGGAAGCAAGUGGCGACUGAGCUGGGUCGUGAGCGAGAAUGGGGUAGGCCGAGCCAGUGCCUUGAGAAAGGACAACCAGACAUGAGCAACGGCGAUCCACUGAUAUUGCUCUUGAAAGUCUUGGCCGCUUACUGGAAGAAGAAUUUUUCAAUUACAGCCCCAGGUCUGCGGAAAGGCGGCUAUGGCACGACACGGGAACGUAAACAGAUUAUUCAAUCCCUGCAGAAGGACGAAUAUGACCCUGAACGGCACGGCGAGCGAGUUAUAAAUGUUCAAGAAUUCCGUGGGCUCGCUAGGAGACUCGAAGGCUCGAGGGACGUCGGCGCACAGCUGUUUACAGCGCUUCUCAGAGGUCUAGGCAUCGAAGCGAGGCUGGUGACAAGUCUGCAACCCAGCGGUUUUGGCUGGACAAAGGCCGAACAGAUGCUGCCAAGUAAACCCACUCAAGCAGUUGAUACCGAUACAUCAUCAGAUGAGUCCGAUUCCAUGGAUGUCAGGUCUAUCUCAGAGGUCACGACAAGCAGAAGACAUCAAAAGAAGAAGGUCAAAAUUACUACCACCAAAUUCCUCUCUGAGUCGGACGACGACGACCAGUCCAUCAUUGACGUGACGCCGUCUCGGAAAAAGAGGCAGUCUCAGAAAUACGAUCGCGAUCAUCCGUUCCCAAUUUACUGGACUGAAGCUAUUUCUCCUGUCACAAACGGAAUCUUCCCUGUUUCGCCCCUCGUCCUCAGUACUCCGGUAGCCACAACGCCAGACACACUCGGAGCAUUUGAGCCCCGUGGUGUCAAGGCGGAAAAGCCGAAGACAGUUAUCGCCUACGUAAUCGCGUAUUCCUCCGAUGGGACUGCCAAGGACGUAACAGUACGCUAUCUCAGAAAGCACAUCUGGCCUGGAAAAACCAAAGGCUUCCGCUAUCCGGUGGAAAAGAUCCCAAUAUACAACAAACACGGCAAAGUUAAACGCUACGAAGACUAUGACUGGUUUAAGCGUCUCAUGGGCUUCUACGCCCGGCCGGACUUUCUAAGAACCCCCGUCGACGAUGUCGAGGACGCAACCGACCUGGUUCCGCAACAGAGCGAGCAGAAAGACUUGAGCCAAAGUGUUGACACGCUUCAAUCACUCAAAUCCUCAGCCGAGUUCGUCCUCGAACGCUUCCUCCGCCGUGAAGAGGCUCUCCGCACAGAUGCCACACCCGUACGGACGUUCAUCUCUGGGAAAGGCGACAAACUGAAGCACGAGCCUGUUUACCGCCGCACAGAUGUGGAACGCUGCUUGACUGCAGAGUCAUGGCACAAGGAAGGUCGGCGCCCUAAGAAUGGUGAAGCACCGUUGAAACUCGUGCCCGUCCGCGCGGUGACAAUUACUCGGAAACGCGAAGCCGAAGAACAUGAGCGUGUGACAGGUGAAAAACAGAUGCAGGGCCUUUACAGCUGGGACCAGACUGAGUAUAUCGUCCCGCCACCUAUUGUUGACGGUAAAAUCCCCAAGAACGCCUAUGGCAAUAUCGACUGCUUCGUGCCCAGUAUGGUCCCCAGAGGCGCAGUGCACAUCCCCCUUCGCGGAACCGUGCGCAUCUGCAGGAAGCUGCAGAUCGAUUUCGCCGAGGCCGUCACUGGGUUUGAGUUCGGGAACAAGCGCGCUGUGCCGGUGUGCACAGGCGUUGUCGUAGCGAAAGAGAACGAACGAGCUGUCAGGGAUGCCUGGCAUGAACACAAUGAAGUGCAGAGGGCGAAAGAAGAGAAGAAACUAGAGGCAAUUGUCUUGGACACGUGGAGGAAGUUCGUGAUAGGGUUGAGGAUUAGGGAAAGGGUCAAGGAUACGUACGGAGAGAAUGCGAUCGACGAGUGGAUCACUGGGAGGAAUGCCGGACAGCCAAUUGUCGUGGAGAGUGACCACGAAGAUCGUUUGGUACACCAAGGUGGAGGGGUUGCUGAGGACGAUGUCGCUGGAGGCGGGUUCUUUCCUGAAUCAGAUGAGGAGCAUCGGGCCAGCGAUCUUGAGGUCGGAUAUCAUCCUAAUGACGACCGAGACACCGAAGCACCAGCAGAACGAGCGGGUGAAGCCCACUACCCCACCCCUCGAUCUGUCACUCCUCCCAAACCCCCGCUCCGUCGGGAGCGACCAAGGCGGUCACGUCUCCUAGAAGAUGAGGAUGAUGAUAUCUCCGAUCUCUCUCCUGCGCCGGUCAGCAGUGUCGAUACUUCUUCAAACGGUUCCAUGGCAGACGUAGCCAGUAGCGUUGUUGACGAUGGUAAUCCGAGCAGAAGGGUACAAGGCCUGACCAAAAGCGAGAUCGAUAGCGUCAGUGACGAUGACAGCAGUGACGACGACAGCAGCAACGACGAGGACGACGAGUCAGAGGACUACAAGCCCUCUCAAUUCAAAGCCCGCACCAAACCCAACACUUCAAGACGGACAGGACGACCCCGUGGCAGUACCACCAAAUCAACACCUCAAUCUGCAGGGCAACAGAAACCGACAAGGACAAGCACACGAGUGAGGAAGGCCCCUGAUGCGCCCGCCGUAAUGAGAACCGAAGCAGACGAUGAAGAGGAUGAAUCACGAACUACAACCAUCUCGAAACGGAGAUUCAAACCAACUUCUAAGCAAGCAACCCCGAAGAGGCGCACCUUGAGGAGCAACAGCACUGUUGUGACGAGUCCGUACUUUGACAGCUGA